AGGUUUCACAAAUAAAAUAGUCUUUCGUUUCAGCCUUUCAGGUGGUUUUGUUUGCCCAACACAACAUGGAGUUCCAAAUUCCAGCUACAUACAUAUAUUGUUAUAGGUUGGAAUAAAUGAAGCAUCAACUCAAAGUUUCUGUUGCUCUUGUUAUUAGCUUGCUAUGCUUUCAGCACUCAUUUUGUGGAAAUGAACCUUCUGAUACUGUUCUAAACAGGUGGAAAUGUAGAUGUGCUUUUAGAGGGAACCAGAGAUACUCUAUUGCUAAUUGUUCCAAGUCAUGUGAUUGCCAUUCAGAUGCUGAAGAGAAUGCAUCCAUAUGGACAUGCAUAUGUAAUCCAAAUGGUUUUCCUGAAGUGGCUGCAGGUAGCCAUAAUCCUAAUUGCUUUAUUGCCUGCAACUGCAUUUGGGGAACGGUUAGGAUGGUGCGAGGUUCAAAAACACACAUUUCGAGCAAGAUUGUAAUAAUCAUUUUAAUAAUGUGUGUUACAUGCACAACUAUUGCAUUUCUCACCUCAAUUGUAUGCUAUGUCCGCCGAAGGGAGAGGCAUCAUCCUAUUCAAUCACCAAUGAUCUCAUCAUUGGAUAAGGAAACGAAUUGUAGUAUUACCACCAACUUCAUUAGUCACAGGACUUCUUCAGUUCCAGGAAUAAAAGGCAUUAUGAAUUCUCCUAUUAGUCAUAUUACAAGAUGCUUUCAAAAAGCCUCAAUCUUGUUUGGGAAUCAAAGAGAAACAUUUCAUGGAAAUAUUAUUCAAUUUUCAUUUUCUGAAUUGGAACAUGCCACCGAAAACUUUUCAGCUUCCAACCUUAUUGGACUAGGUGGAAGUAGUUAUGUAUACCGUGGUCGAAUGAAAGACGGUAGUAAUGUGGCUGUCAAGCGAAUUAAAGAUCAAGGAGGACCUGAAGCAGAUAUUGAAUUUUUCACAGAGAUUGAACUAUUGUCUAGACUUCAUCAUUGUCAUCUUGUGCCAUUGAUUGGAUACUGCUCAGAAUUAAAAGGAAAAAUUGUUCAGAGGUUACUUGUGUUCGACUACAUGAGUAACGGAAAUUUGAGGGAUCUUUUAGAUGGAGUUUUCGGAAAAAGUAUUGAUUGGUCUACUCGUGUUACAAUUGCGUUAGGAGCUGCAAGGGGAUUAGAGUAUCUUCAUGAAGCAGCUGCUCCAAGAAUUCUCCACCGAGAUGUCAAAUCGACAAACAUUCUUCUCGAUAAAAAUUGGCAAGCAAGAAUAACUGAUCUUGGUAUGGCUAAAGACCUGAGGUCUGAUGACCUUCCCAGUUGUUCAGAUUCUCCAGAAAGAAUGAAGGGGACAUUUGGCUAUUUUGCACCUGAGUAUGCAAUUGUUGGAAGAGCCUCUAUUGAAUCUGAUGUCUUCAGCUUUGGUGUGGUUCUUCUUGAGCUUAUCAGCGGUCGCCAACCGAUCCAUAAAUCUGCAGGCAAAGAAGAAAGCCUUGUUGUUUGGGCUGCUCCUCGCAUACAAGAUAGUCAGCGAGUAAUAACAGAGUUGGUUGAUCCACAAUUGAAAGGAAACUUCCCAAAAGACGAGGUACAUAUAAUGGCAAACCUUGCAAAAGAGUGCUUACUGUUGGAUCCUGAUACUAGACCAACUAUGAGUGAAGUUGUUCUAAUUCUUUCAAGUAUUUCUCCAACCAAAUCUAGAAGGAGAAGAUACAUUCAAUUGUGCCUUUUUCAGGAAUCAGAGGAAAUAGAGAAGCAAACACAAGCUCCAUGGAGUAGAUUUCCACCUCAUAAUUCAUUGCCACUUGGUACCGACUACAAUCAUUGUGUUGGAAACAAAGAUAAAGAUGUAGAUACAAUUUCGACCGAGUAUAUGAAGAGUUUGAUCUUCAUGACUUCAAAAGGUGAGAACCGGCAUGCAUCAGAAGAGGAAAUGGUAGACCUAACCGAGCCUCGGUUGGAAUCAUUUUGCAUUACAAACAUCAAUUUCCCUUGAUAACAUACACAUUCCAUUAUACAUUGGUACUACUACAGUUCUGUAGAAUUUACUAUUUUGAUAAUUUAGAGUGUUGUUGUUUUAGAUUAAAAAAAGAACAUAGAUUUGUAGUGUUGUUGUAUUUAUACAGAAGAGCAUACAUGAUUCCAGUUCUACUUUAUUUGGAAAAGAAUUGGAUGUGAUACAAGUCAUUGUAAAAUUGCAAAGCUAUUUAAUACAUGGAAUUAUUAUAUAUCUACUACAUUUUCUAUCAUAAGAAAAUGAAUGUUUAUUAGUGAGACUACCUUUUAAGGUUUGCUUGACUAAGAAGUUAUCAUCCUUUGAAUGGUAGAUGAGAGAGGUUUGACUUGUAGAAAGUAAGUUAUUGAACUUUUACAUAUUCAUUGAGUGGUAGAAUAGUAGAAGCAACUAUUGUAAGUAGGUCAUGGAUCCACCACCACUACUUCCUCCUCCUCCUCCUCCUCCUCCUCCUCCUUCAAGCACACCCUUGUUGGGUCCAGCUCCCCCAGGUGGAGGAUACUUGGAUUCUUGCUUAUGGUUUUUAUGCUGCUGUGGUGUAUUUAGUUGCUGCUUUCCUCCCCUCUUUGAACCGGGGCCUCCUCCUCUCUAAUGCUUAUUUCAUUGUUCUGUCAAUCCUUUUUAAUUUAAGUAUUUUCUUAUUUUAUGUGUCACUGCAAGUGGGAAAAAGUGAUAAAUAAUAUACAUUUCUAUGCAAAAAUACUAUUACUUGUAUGUAGCUUUAACCUUGAUCCUUUGUGACUGGACAUUAAUCAUUUGAUGCAUGUAACUUAUGAUAUGUAAUGAGAAAAAUGAUUUGGUUGUUGUUUGUA